AUGUGGCGCACCAUGCCAAUGUCCCCAGCUAGGUGGAGCUCCCGCGUCUACCUCUGCUUCUUCAUUCUGUCUUGGUCUCUGAUAUCCGAAGCGGCUUAUAUCGACUCGUCAUGCAAGGCGGUGAAAUUCGACAAGAAUGGGGACAUGGGACCGCAUGAUGUGAGAAAUACUAUCGACCAGGCUGUGAACCAAGCAGGAGAUAUGAGCGAAGAGGCGGUGUCCCUCAUGGACGAUUGGAGGAGAAGCAAAGCAACAAAUACUCAGGCAAAAGAUUAUGAGACACUAUGGUUCGACCGCACGAGAACUAUUCUCACGUACACUGCGUUCUAUGGUCGCGCUUCAACAAGGUCUUCCAAGCUACCGGAAGAUAGGCGGUGGAGGGACCUAAGAGGCAACCUCUACUCACUCCGGUCAUGGGUGAAAGGGUCCAAAAGGUCCAACCAAGCCUCUGCGAUCUACUGCGGUGACGACCACCUCGAGAAAAAGAAGGGCCCGACGGGUAGAACUCAAUACUGGGACACGGUCAUUAAAGAAUUCUGGCCGCCUGGUAAGAAGGCAUGCCGCGAUCGCCCAAGAGCAGAGGGAACCCAUAGGACAAUCUCAGAGAAUGGGAAAAAAUACAUAUUGAUCUGCCCGACGAUUUUUGCCAGCACUAUGCAGCCCACACUAGACAAAGAAAGCCAAACGCGCGACUGGAGCCAGAAGAAAUACGGCGACAAGCGUGAUCUUGAAUCGUGGAGAGUCAACUCUCUCAGCGAUGCCCUUCUUUUCGAUCUGACAGAGUACCUCCUUGGCUAUCAGGUCCAGCCCAUUUGCGGCACAGUAUCCCGUUUUAAGCUGCCCGACACUGAUGAAGCCAUGGGUUACGAUGGUUGCCGCGCGCUUCUGCGCCAGAAUUGGGAUAGAGAUUCGAAUCCAGUGUCCGCCAAUCCUGACUCUCUGGUCCUAUUUGUUCGAGCCCUGUGGAUGUAUAGAAAUGAUUGGAGCUCAGGCAUAGCGAGGAGCGAGAAUGAUCUCAUCGCAGCAACGGUACUGGGCGAUUACGACCAUGUCCUGAACGAUGAAGAGCCUGGUCCGGGCUCAAAGUAUCUCACGAGAUACCCUGCUCCGAAGAUUCCUGGUGUGUCGAAGAUUACGAAGGAUUAUCCGUUUCAGUAUAGACCGAGUAUCUCUUAUUUGGAAGACAAACUUGGAGGAUGGGUUUGA